GCAGCCGCCUGUGGCAAGUGCAUUUUCCAGUUGCAGGGUCACGAGGCCGCAGAGAAAGCGUGCGCGGAUCUCACCUCCGCAAAGAACGACCUUGAAGAGGCUUGGAAGGCCGUUCGUGAGCUUGCAGAUGACACCGAGGAUGAUGCUUGGGAAUCCAAG